AUGUUACCUGAUAUAGCUCAACUUUCCAUGAAUGAUCUUGCAGUCUAUAUCUAUCUCAGUCUGUUCAUAUCUAACUAUCUAUCUAUCUUUGUUCACAACUCUCUAUCUAUCAAUCUUAUCUGUCUAUAUUUAUCUCUCUUGCUCUGUUUACAUCUAUCUAUCAUUGUUUGUGCAUAUCUAUCUUUGCUCAUAUCUAUCAGUCUAUAUAUGUCAACUGAUAUCUAUUUGCCUAUUUUAUUCAUAUCUAUCUGUCUAUCUUUGGUCAUCAUCUAUUCAUCUAUCUAUCUAUCUAUCUAUCUAUCUAUCUAUCUAUCUUUGUUCAUAUCUAUGUAUCUAUCUUUGUUCUUGUCUAUCUUUGUUCAUAGUCUUUUCAUAUUUAUUAAUCUAUCUUUGUACAUAUCUAUCUCUCUAUCAGUCCAUUUUUGUUCAUAUCUAUGUCAUUGUCUCUUCAUAUCUAUUUACUUAUCUGUCUUUGUUCAUAUCUAUGUACCUUUGUCUGUUCAAAGCUAUCUAUCUUUGUCUGUUCCUAUCUUUCUAUUAAUGUAUCUUUUUUCUUAUUUAUCUAUCUUUGUUCAUAUCUAUCUUUGUCUUUUCAUAUCUAUCUAUCCUUGUGUAAUGUUCAUAUCUAUCUUUCUCAGUCUGUUUAUAUUUAUCGAUCUAUCUCAGAUUGUUCCUAUCUAUCUAUCUAUCUAUCUAUCUAUCUAUCUAUCUAUCUAUCAUAGUCUAUCUAUCUUAGUCUGUUCAUAUCUAUCUAUCUAUCUAUCUAUCUGA